UCAUGCUGGUUCUGAUAGAAAGGUGUCAGAACACACAGUGCAUUGCAGGUUGUUGGUAUUGGACUGCAUGUUAUGUCUGAUGGCUGUAUUUUCUCUUAUAUUUCAACAUCAAAUUAUAGAAUUCUUGGAUAGGGAUGCACAGAUUGUGAAUCAUUAUUAUUUAUUUACCCUUUGUGCCGGGAGACAAAUCUACAAAGAUAAGUCUCUGCCUUGGUGCAGUUUAGUGUAUUUCUCUUCUCAUUGUGAGACACAGAGCUGACUGAACUGGCCGUGCUGCUGCAUGGAGCAUGUCAAUAUUUGCAUGAAAUUUGUGUCAGUCCUAGUUGGAAAUACCAAACACGACAUUUAACCAGUGCAAAAUUGAUGCAACGCAAAAGAUAAACUGAUAUGAGUAAAUGCCAUCUUAUUGGCAAAUAGGCCGAUGUCAGUCAACAAGGCAACUAUCAGCCGAAAUAUUGGUCCAUCCCUACUUGCGAUAUAUUGUGAUAUUGUAAGCGGGGCAAUAUAUGAGAAAACGGUCACAGUAUAAAGAGCAUAAGAUGCAUAAAAUUCAAAAAUAAAAGUUUAGGACAAUGGGAUCUGCAUUUGUAUUUUUCACAGUUCCUGUAACAGCCAACAUCAUAGCUGUCAUAUAGCUGUUUAGUUUCGCAGCUGUUCAUCCCUUCCUUUACUGUGUCUUGCUAUUGUCACUAUGAAAAAAAACAUGCAGAAAUGCCCCAGAAAAAGUCUUUUAAAAAGUUUCUGAUGUGCAGGAGGUUUACUUGUGACAGUCUGUAUUUUUUCUUUCAGGUCACAAGCGUUUGCACGAAGCUUUUGGAAUCAACAGGUACUUAAUACUACUGAGCAACACUAUGGAGGAGACAAGUCGGGAGGCGGUUGCCACAGCAGUGCAGCGUGUGGCAGGGAUGCUGCAGCGAUCGGACCAGUUGGACAAAGUGGAGCAGUACAGAAGAAGAGAGGCCCGCAAAAAGGCCUCUGUGGAAGCCAGGCUGAAGGCAGCCAUCCAAUCCCAGCUAGAUGGUGUUCGCACUGGACUGACCCAGCUGCACAGUGCCCUGCUGGAUGUCAAAGAUAUCCAGGGCUCACUGGCUGACGUGAGCAAAGACUGGAGGCAGAGCAUCAACACCAUAGAGAACCUGAAAGAUGUCAAGGAUGCUGUAGUUCAACACAGUCAGCUGGCCUCCGCUGUGGAGAACCUUAAGAACAUUUUCUCUGUACCGGAGAUUGUGACAGAGACGCGAGAGCUGAUUGAGCAGGCAGAGCUGCUGCAGGCUCACAGGAAGCUGAUGGAGCUGGAAUGUUCACGAGAUGACCUCAUGUAUGAGCAGUACCGUAUGGACAGCAAGAACACAAGUGAUAUGAACCUCAUCUCCAACUACUUUGAAGACGUUCAGGGCUUGUCAGAUGAGCUGGCCAAACAGUUAUGGAUGGUACUGCAGAGGUCCAUGGUAACGGUUCGUCGCGACCCCACCAUGCUGGUGUCAGUGAUUCGCAUCAUUGAGCGGGAGGAGAAGAUUGAUCGACGUAUGGUCGACCGUAAGAAACAGACUGGGUUUAUCCCACCUGGGCGACCCAAGCGGUGGAAGGACAAGAUGUUUGAGGUGUUGGAGGGUACAGUCAGCACCCGCAUUGAGGGCACCCAGUCUGUGACUAGAGAGGCUGAUAAAAUGUGGCUGGUUCGUCUUCUAGAAAUAACCAGGAAAUAUGUUCUGGAUGACCUCAUCGUUGUCAAGAACCUCAUGGUGCAGUGCUUCCCUCCACACUACAACACUUUCAACAGUCUAAUAUUACAGGCUGGCUGCGGAAGGCCUUGGAAACAGACAAGAAGGACUGGCAGAAAGAUACAGAGCCUGAGGCUGACCAAGACGGAUACUAUCAGACCACAUUGCCUGCCAUUGUCUUUCAGAUGUUUGAACAGAACCUGCAAGUUGCUGCACAGAUUGAUGGUGAUUUCAAAGAGCAAGUUCUGAAGCUCUGCCUGAAACAGAUGAACACUUUCCUCAUCAGGUACAGAGAGGAGGCCAUGGCCUACAAAGAGGAGCACCUGAGAGACAGACAGCUGCCUCAGUGUUAUGUACAGUACAUGAUCGCCAUCAUUAACAACUGCCAGACAUUCAAAGAGUCUAUCAACAGUCUGAAGAGGAAGUACUCCCAGUCCUCAGAGCCCACUGACAGUGACGCUGCCAUAGAGAGAACCCUCAACGAGGUGGCCAAGGAGGGAUGUCAGUUCCUAUUGGAUGAAGUUUUCCUAGACCUCGAACAUCACCUGAACGAGCUGCUGACCAGGAAAUGGCUGACGGGUUCUCAUGCUGUGGACACCAUCUGUGUAACAGUGGAGGACUACUUCAAUGACUUCAACAAGAUCAAGAAACCAUUCAAUCAGGAGAUGACGAGCGAGGCCCUGCGCAGGGUGGUGGUGGAGUACAUUAAAGCAGUGAUGCAGAAGAGGAUCACCUUUAAAAAUGCUGAUGAGAGGAGGGAGGGAGCAGAGAGAAUGAUCAAAGAGGCGGAUCAGUUCAAGUUCCUCUUCAGGAAACUGGCUGCUGGUGAAGACACAGAUCGACUUUGUGGUGCCAUCGCUGCAAUCGCUGAAGUGUUCAAGCUGACUGACCCCACACUGCUGUUCCUGGAGGUCACUACACUGGUGUCCAAAUAUCCUGACAUUAGAGAGGAGCACAUCCAGGCGUUGCUGGCAGUGCGUGGCGAUGCCAGCAGGGAAAUGCGCCAGAUGAUUAUAGGGACUCUCAGCGAGAACAAAGUGUCCUACUCUGGAGUGACACAGCCCAUCUUUAAAGACAUCACCGUGCCCACCAUCACCAUGACGACCAUGACUACCAUGACCUCCAUGGCAACUGCAAAGCUGCUCAAAUAAAGCUGAUCACCAUGACACCAUUUCCACCUCCAGCACCUUCAGACACAACACCAUCAGUAAACUUAUUUUUCCAGGCACUAAAUUCUUUGAAUGUUUAAUGCAGUGGUUAGUGUUUUACUAUCCACACCCUUAAUUUGCUGUUUUUAUUAUUAUCCUGAUCACGUCUCUGCUUCAAAAAAAUAAUAAAAUCCUAGCUGUAAAAAUGAA